AUGUCAGCCGCCGACGAGCUGCUGCGCGACUUUGAGGAAGACGAAGACUUCCAGGAUGAGGAGCAGUUGGAACAGGAAGACCUCGUGGAGGAACAAGCCCCAGAAGAAGGCGCAAAGCCGUCCAACGAGUUCGAUCUCUCCAUCGAAACUGCCGAUGAACUGACCCGGCUACACAAAGUCUUGCGCGAUCACUAUUCUAUUCGAUUCCCGGAACUAGAAACCCUCGUCACGAACUCGAUCAAGUAUGCGAAAACCGUCGCGAUCCUCAAAAAUGGACCUCUCGAUGAUAUCAAAGCCAUCUCGACCUCGGCAGAUAAUAUGGCCGGCGAACCACUCAAAUCUGUGUUGGACGGACCUACUCUCAUGGUCGUUGCGGUGGAGGGCACAACAACUCGUGGCCGGGAGAUGACCGAGUCUGAGCUCAAAGUCGUCCUCGAUACCUGCGAAAGGAUUCUCAAGCUUGACCGCGAGCGCACCGCCCUCACGGAGAGUAUUCGGUCUCGUGUGAACUCGAUCGCCCCGAACUUGGCCGCACUCAUUGGUGCCCAUACCGCUGCGCAGUUCCUCAAUCAGACUGGUGGUUUGCGCGAACUAGCCAAGAUUCCCGCUUGUAAUUUGGGCGCACAAGGCUCUCGGAGGCAAGAGGGUCUUGGAUUUGCUACGAACAUUGGUAUCCGGUCACAGGGCUUCUUGUACGAUUCUCCGCUCAUCCAGGAGGUGCCGAAUGACCUGAAGAAGCAAGCUAUUCGGAUUGUCGCUGCUAAGAUGGUUUUGGCCACCCGUGCAGAUAUUGCCAACUACAACAAGGACGGUUCGCUGGGCGAGGAACUCAAAGAGCAAUGUUUCAAGCGGUUAGAAAAAUUGACGGAGCCUGCUCCAAACUCGGGAGUCAAGGCUCUUCCUGCACCGGACGACAAGCCUUCCCGAAAGCGAGGUGGACGACGUGCACGCAAGGCCAAGGAGGCUGUCGCUAUGACCGAGCUACGGAAGGCCCAGAACCGCGUUGCUUUUGGCAAGGAGGAGGCAGAAGUUGGCUACGGCACUGGCGAAGGCACCGUGGGUCUCGGCAUGCUCGGCCAACAAAACGACGGCCGGAUUCGCGCUACACAGAUCGACCAACGUACUCGCGCCAAACUUAGCAAGAACAACAAGGGCUGGGGUGCUGCCACCCCGGUUAGCGGUACCGCGUCAUCCCUCCGUGGGUUUGGUCAGGGUGGCCCAUCUGGCACCGCGAGUGUCCUACAGUCCAAGGGUCUCCGCUCAUCUGGUGUCGGAUCCUUGUCGGCCACCGCGGGUACCGCUAGUACGAUUGCUUUCACCCCCGUCCAAGGCUUGGAGCUGGUCGACCCCAAGGUUCAGGCUGAGAUGAAUCGCAAGCGCAAAGCCGAUGAAGAUCGCUGGUUCAAUUCUGGAACAUUCACCCAGGUUGGUGGCGGCCAGAGCAGCAUCAACACUCAAAAGGAUCGUGACGGCUUCAAAGUGCCGGCUCUUCCGCCCAAGAAGAAGGUUGACACCGGGAAUGGCAAGAUGGGCCCACCUCCCAAGCCAUAA